UUUCCAGCGUAUGAAGAACUACACUAUCUAUGCUGUCUCCAUCACAAUUCGUAUUGUGCUUGGAUUUAUGAUACUUGCCCUCAUCUGGAAGUUCGACUUUCCACCGUUCAUGGUCCUGAUCAUAGCGAUUCUAAAUGAUGGUACCAUCAUGACUAUAUCAAAGGAUCGGGUAAAACCAUCUCCACUACCCGACAGCUGGAAGCUGGCUGAGAUUUUCACAACUGGAGUUAUCCUUGGUGGAUACUUGGCAAUAAUGACGGUCAUCUUCUUCUGGGCUGCGUACAAGACAAACUUUUUCCCGAGAUUGUUUCAUGUCGAAAGCCUCGAGAAGACAGCUCAGGACGAUAUCCAAAAGCUCGCGGCUGCCAUUUACCUCCAAGUCAGCACCAUCAGCCAAGCUCUCAUCUUUGUCACCAGGUCACGCAGCUGGUCAUUUGCCGAGCGUCCUGGGUUUCUACUGGUCUUUGCAUUCUUCGUUGCGCAGCUGGUUU